GCUAUGUAAUAAUGUAAACGAUGUGACGUAGCUUGACGAACAAUUCCGCUACCUUCAACGCAAGAAAAAUGUGGUCAAAGAGUUUACCGAAGUACGAAUGAAGAAUAUCAUGUAUCUUUUUUCAAAUCUGACCAAGUUUCGUGUCGUACCAACUCACCUUAUUCUGCACAUCUUAAUUCUGUCUGACAUUGCUUUGAAUAUUGGCGAAGCUCCUGAAGACCUCCAGCAUGCCAAUGCACUCAUUGCUUCCAAUGUUCGGACGAGGGCUGAUACAGGAGGAAGGUCGGAAACAUUACUUGAUAAAGAGAAUCCUCUGCCGAGAGCAUUCAUGCCUGCUUCCAGGGUUCUUCGUAACAUUGCAUUCGGAGAACUCAUUGUCAACUUUACGGACGCUCACAUAUCCGAAAACGUAAAUACCCUUUUGCCAGUUCUCAUCGACGUUUUACGCGACAUACCCGACAUCGACUUCGACAAAUGCCUAUCAUGGGAAGGUACUAUUCGACUCCCCGUAUACCUCAUAUCCUAAUGGGCACUUCCUGAUCAGCUUGUUUACUCUGCCUUCCUACGUAUCUCGAGCUCACAUCCCAUUUCCAGCGCACCAGCAACGGAAGCAAUUUGCGCGUUCAUAUCCGAUGUGGUAGAAAAUAUCAAGGCGGGAGAUUCAUUGGAUGUCCUCACCCAACUUACAACGGCCCUUCAUGGAAUGUACAGAGCCAUUAGCUCCAGGUGUUUCACUUGGAGUCUUUCUCAGUGGCAGAUGCUCGCUGAUCAACUUAAAUACAUGUGCUCUCCUGACAUGGUGGACCAUCUCAAUCACCUUAUCACUGACCUCGUUGAAUCCGACGAUUCCGACGAGGGUACUCUUCAACUGUUCAAACUUUCCUUGCCCGAUAUAUUUCCCGUGGACGUCCACUCAGCGGAUAUUUCAUCGUUUGUUGUGUAA